GACACGCAGUACAGGGAAGUGGCGCGGGACGGUUGAAAAACUCAGGCAACAAACCACGACAGACAGAUUUGAAGUUAGCACUGCGAGUGGCAUUUCGAGGCGCAAUUAUUUUUAAAAAUAGCAAGUCGUCUGUAGAACUAACGUCGGGGUUGUUUUACGUUUACUUUUCCACGUAAACUCGAACUUCAAAUGUGAGCUCGCUCGCCGUAAAAGUGGGUACUAGCGAAAGCUAACGCUAUAACUCGUUGACAUUCGUUUCCGCUAACCCCGCAAAGUUGUCGAAAAGCGCUUUCCCGAACAUGUCAUUAGCUCGAGGAGGAUGUCGGACGCAACACGGCAAGGGCCUGAAAAACCCCCUACGCCCCAAGAAGACAGCGCCUCUCCCAAAAAGAGAAUGGGUGAGCACAGUCAGUGACCUGUCCGUGCACAAGCUGACCCCUGCAGAGCUGAACUAUCGGCGCGAAAUCCGUAAGUCGCACAACAAGGCCGCCGCUCAGUGGGAGCUGCGAGAGAAAGCACUGAAGGCUCGCCUCAGGCAGGCUGGAUGUGGUCCUUUGGACAAAGCCAGUCACACAAUCAUGAGAGAGGUGUUUUCUGACAAGCUGCUGCUGCAUGAUGUAUUGGCCCGCUCCGACAGAGCCUUGGCCGUAGUCCAUGACCUCUUAGGAGACCCAUCACUAAGGCAGACUGGACAUCCCAGCGUGACGAUGUCCCCACAUGUGGACUCUCCAGUUUUCCAGAGAUCCACCGAGCUGUCAUCCCUCAAUGACUCUAUGCUGGAUCAACAGGCCGUCUUCGAACCAGAGGACGACUACUACUACAGCGAUGAAGAGCGCGCCGAGGGAAGACUAUUCCAACGCAAAAUGAAGGUGAAGAAUAAGAUGGGAGGGCUUCAGCAUCGAAGGAUUCGUCAUGGUGUUUCUGAGCGCAGAUUUGCGAGUCCUCAAAGUCCCCGCACACCGGCCAAACCACCAGCUCCAACUGCACUAAAUGCCACAGUGGCAGUCCAGCGUUUACGGUCCAGACACAACCACUCGAAUGAAGCCAACGAAGAGCCUUCCUUCCUGGUCUCGCAAGUCCUCAACCCCGAUCUUUCUCCCGGAGACCCAGGCAGCAGUCACUCUGCCAGGACCAGGAAGCGCGCCUGCAAAACCGCCAAGCUGAAUGGCUCCUCCGUGGCCUCUCUCAGCGGCGAACCUUCCGGCUUGGGCCUGCUGCAGACCAUGCUGGCCCAAGUGGAGCUCGACUUGGAUUCCCUGAGCCCGCAAACGUCGGCGCAGAGUCGGCAGCGCCCGGCGCAAGGCCUCACCGGCUUCUCUGUGGCUUUGGUCUCCACUCUGGCGCGCCUGGUCCACCUCCUCAAAAAUCGAGAACACGACGAGGAGUGCGCGACCGAGGAGAGACGGAAACUCGAGGAGAAGCUGAGAGAGCAACGACUGUUGAUUGACGCACUCACUGCAGAGACCAUGACCCUAAGGGAGGAGACCUCCUCACUAAAGGAAGAGUUGCAGCAGCGGACGGCAGAACUGGAGCGGAAGCAGGACUCGCUGAUGCUGGCAAUGGCGACACACGUCAACCAACCCCAUGGCUCUGAUGUCAUAGCUACAGGUCAAUGGCCUGUUGCCGAGCGACCACCAGUUGCCAAGUCUCCUGCCAUCCGACUUUCUUCACCUGGACAGCAAGAUACCUGGCAGCCAAUUCCUGAGCCGGAUCAGGGCGCCUACAACAAACUCCGAGCCCACAGCUCGUCGUCUUGUCUGGUCAGACUGCCUCACGCGAGCCUCCCCCUCAUGUCGCAACUCUCUCCUGACAUCUUGGAGGCCGAGAUCGCCGAGCUCUGCCGAAUCAGAGAUGUGAUUGCCGGUGCCCAGCAUAGCCGAGCCCGUUGCGUCGGCGGGUCGCCGAGCAGCAGCAGCGGCACGGAGCCAAAAUGCUCGGCUUCUGUCAGCACCGGUGGAGUGACACCUGACAGGGCAUCGCGGUUUGAAAGCGCCAUCAGUCUCAAUCAGCACAUAGACCAAGUGAAUCAUCAGGGGUCUGCGAAUCGUAACAAUGUAAGUAGUGUUCAUCAGCGCCUCUUAGAGCUCAACAGGCAAAGCGCAGCAGCCAGAGGACGAUUGCUGGAACUCAUAGAGCAGCAGAAGCAGACCCUUUCCGCCAAAGUGCCUCUGUCCGGCUCGCCUGUGCCCCUCUCGGCCUUCAGCCCCCCGCCAUCGGGUGGCAGUGGAAGCAUUGACGGAUCCCUCCCGAUGCCGCCGGACGACCGACGAUCAGCCACUUUGCAAGUGUAUUCUCGGUAUUAUGAAGAGGCGCAGAGGGACGGAAGCACACAGGCAAACGCACACACAAAAGCAUCUGACGUCUCUCAUCAGCUCAGUUGCAAAUAAACAUGUCAUUGUUCCUCCGCAGCAAACAGGCAAGCAGCAGGUACAGGACGGCUGACUCGCUCUUUCUGCUCAUGUUCGAUGACAAGAAGAGGAUUUUUUUUUUUUUUUUUUAAUUUCGGAAUUAAAUGUGUUUAUAUCGAAGUGUGACUUCUACGGUUGGACAGAAUGGCAGUUCUGCUUUGAUCGCCAUUCCCUCCACUUUCAACAAAUAAAUCAAUGUCUUUGUCGCACUGUA